AUGAGCAACACGGACAAGCUACCAUACGCCCCCCGUUGUCCGUCCUCAGCUUUUUGUUCCAUUGCCGCGACGCUGUUCCCAAUGUGUCGACGGAUCAACGUCAUUUCAUUAUGGCGCCGAAUAGCGUGGCUACGACGAAAGGGGAGGCGACGGCUCGCGGCCAUCAGUCGCGUGUUUUCAAAGUCUGAGCUCCCUAAACCCGCAUAUGAGGAAAAGGAGAAGCACAGUCUAGACCUAAAAGACGACUGGACGAGUUGGAAACUCGUCAUCGUCGAGGAAGCUCCUUCAGCUUAUACCUAUCCGACUGUUGAACCGGAUACACCUAGUACGAUAGAGUCUAUUGGGACUCUGUCGCUCUACUCACUCUACGGGACGGGCACUAUCGACGAGCUCUCCCCACUUCUCUUUACCACUUCCCCCAGUUUCGAUUCCCACACCCCUCUCCUUUCAAGUUAUCUACGCAGCGAUAACGAAGGAGAUCCAUCACCGUUACCCGACACCGUUCCCACAAAAGAUAUCCUGGACCCCCCGCGGUCUGCCAUCUCGCAGGUGUUAGCCAAGGCGAGAAUGAGCCCGAUUGAAGAAGAUGAGGAGGAUGGAAUGACUAUACUGUUGCCACGAGCUCGGUUUAUGGGGAAUAUGCACUCCAUCAAGCUUACUCCUGGCCACCUCUUGCCUCGCCGACGGACAAUAUCCUCGUCUCUGCAGUAA